UCAGUCGAUCGAUCGAUCUGCGGAGUACUCUGACGGAAGGAAAGCUAACCCUCUCCGCCGGCGCCGGCGCCACCGCAAUGUGGUUCACCUCCCGUCGCAAACCCAACGCCGCCGAACCUUCCGAGGAUGCACCGUCGUCCUCCUCGCCACGCAGCUCGCAACCCCGCGGCUACUCCCUCCGCAUCUCAUCCUCCAACCCCUGCCCCCAAACCCAGAGCUCCCGCGACGGAGCCCUAGCCUCCGCCACCUCCUCCUCCGCCGCCGCCUGCGACCUCGGCGGCGGAUGGGGGAACUCCGUAGGCCGCGGCGGCGGCGGCUUCCUGUGGUGGAUCUUCUCCGCCGGAGCGGCGCGCGCGGACGAGGGGAAGCCGGCGGGGGCCGACUGGGACGCGCACGGGCUCCCGGUCACGCGCACGCCGGUGCCGCUCUCCAGGCUCGACGGGAGGAAGCGGUACAAGGUCUCCGAGCUCAACUUCCUUGACUGCCGCGCCCGGGACCGCGCCAGCGCCGCGGAGAAGAACCCCUUGUUCGACGACAUGGCCAAGCUGCGCCCCGGCGGCGUGUACACCCGGUCGCAGCUGCUCGGGCAGCUCCAGGCGAUGACCUCCUCCGGCAUGUUCGAGCAGGUCAGCCUCCAAGGGAAGCCCAAGCCGGACGGCACGCUCGCGCUCACCGUCACCUACGCCGAGAACAUCUGGCCUGGAGCCACCAAACGGUUCAAGUGCGUCAACGUUGGACUCAUGGCGCCGCCCGACGCUGGCCCUGCUGAGGACAUGACGGCGAGGGAGAAGAUGGAUUACAUCCGGAGGCAGGACCAUGACUACCGGCAGCGAAUCCGCAGCGCCAAGCGGUGCAUUCUACCGGAGUCUGUGCGCGAGGAGGUGCUGGGGAUGGUGAAGAAGCAGGGGAAGUUGACCGCCGGGGUGCUGCAAAGGAUGAGGGACCGCGUCGAGAAGUGGUACCACGACGAGGGCUUUGUGUUCGCCCUGGUGCAGAACUUCGGGAACCUCGACACCGACGAGGUUGUGUUGGAGGUGGUAGAGGGGGACAUCACCAUGGUGGAGUACCAGUUUCAGGACAAGCUUGACAAUAUCGUCGAGGGGAACACUCACAUCGCUGUCGUUGACCGGGAGCUGCCCCAGCAGCUUCGACCUGGCCAUAUCUAUAACAUUGGGGCAGGGAAACAAGCUCUGAAGCAUAUCAAUUCACUCGCUUUAUUCUCCAAUAUAGAAGUGAACCCUCGCCCUGACGAGACAAAAGAAGGGGGUGUAGUGGUUGAAAUAAAACUCAAGGAACAUGAACCAAAGUCGGCCGAAGUAACUACAGAGUGGAGCAUUGUGCCUGUGCAUCAAGGGAGACCAACUCUUGCAUCAAUUCAACCUGGAGGAACUGUGUCAUUUGAGCACCGCAACAUCUCUGGUUUAAACAGAUCUCUUGUCGGUUCUGUUACUUCCAGCAACCUGCUCAAUCCUCAGGAUCAUCUCUCAUUCAAGCUUGAGUAUGCCCAUCCUUAUUUGGAUGGUGUGGACGACCGUAGUAGAAACCGCACCUUCAAAGCUAGCUGCUUCAACGUCAGGAAAUUAAGUCCUGUCUUUGUUGCUGGCCCCAACAUGGAUGACGCUCCACCUAUCUGGGUUGAUAGAGUUGGAAUUAAAGCCACUAUAACAGAGAGCUUUACAAGGCAGAGCAAAUUCACUUAUGGCCUCGUGUUGGAAGAGAUUAAAACACGCGAUGAAGAUAACAACAUAUGCACACAUGGUUCUCGAGUAUUGCCUAGUGGUGCAUUGAACAUGGAUGGACCUCCCACAACCUUCAGUGGUACCGGUGUAGAUCGAAUGGCAUUUCUACAAGCUAAUAUAACUCGAGACAAUACUGAGUUUGUAAACGGGGCAACUAUUGGUGACAGAUGUAUAUUCCAGUUGGACCAAGGUCUUGGCAUUGGAAGCAAAAAUCCAUUCUUCAACCGUCAUCAGCUUUCAGCGACAAAGUUCAUUAAUUUGAAUAAGCAAGAUAAAGGUGCUGGCAAGCCACCACCAGCAAUUUUGGCGAUUCAUGGUCGCUACGCAGGCUGUGUAGGAGAUCUGCCGAGCUAUGAUGCAUUUGCAAUCGGAGGACCUCACUCUGUUAGGGGCUAUGGCAUGGGAGAACUGGGUGCUUCCAGGAAUCUUCUUGAGGUUGCCACUGAGUUGCGUGUCCCCAUCACUGUGAAGAACAAACAAACGCAGGUGUAUGUAUUUGCUGAGCAUGGCACUGACCUCGGGAGUUCCAAGGACGUGAAGGGCAACCCUACAGAGUUCUUCCGACGCGCAGGCUCUGGGUCCUCCUAUGGCAUUGGUGUCAAGCUCGGCACGGUAAGGGCGGAGUACGCUGUAGAUCACAAUGCUGGUACGGGAGCCUUCUUCCUGAGAUUUGGCGAAAGAUUCUGAAGGCCGCGUCUCUGUCCAGCUUGACGAUCAGAAAGCCCUAUGUAAAUUCGACUGCCAACUUUCUAGAAUAAAAUUAACUCGUGAAGAUAUAACGUCACUGAAUCUUGUAGCAGCAAGGCCCGCGUUAUGAAUGGUUGAGAGUAAAGUCAGAUUCAACUGGAAUAAGAGUUUCGUUUUGAUGGAAGGAUGUCAUUGUACUCUCUUCCUCCGUGGAACUGUACUAGAUGGUAGUCUCGGAGUA